AUGCCUACUCUGCGGCCCCUGGCGCGGCAUCCCGCCUGGAUUAGACCAGCAUCCUGCAUCUGGAGCGCCGACAGCUUCGCCUCCGUGCCCUACUCGCAGACCAGCCAGUCCGAACCGCCCACCUUCAUCACCCAGCCCACCAAGGCGCUGCGAAGCUCGCGAGUGUCCCAAGCCUCGUCGUCCUCGUCCUCGUCGACGACGACGCUCGCGCCCCUGUCCGCCGGGCCCGAUGCCUCCGAACCCCGCCGCGAAACAUGCCCCGGAUGCGGAGACGCUCGCCGCAGCUCCGGCGCCUGCGUGCCUGGCUGGAAGCCGCCGUCGCCGGUCCCCUCCAGGAGAAGCGAUCGCCCGAGCGCGGAUGGCGGCAGGCCCCCCCACGCCGGCGCAGGUUUCCGAAGCGAGGCCAGCGCAGGGCCGGUCGCCUUCGACGGCGGCAACGGUGGUGGCAGCGCCGGAACCGCGGCGGCCCCAGGCAAGCCGAAACCCGGGGGCGUCCCCAGAUGGCGAAACAGCCUCGCGGACCUGAAAGCCGCGUGGCCGACGGGUCGCGCCGGGAAAGAGGAGGCGGGUGCUUUUGCCGCCCGAACAGAGCUGCCGCAUACCCUUUGCGUCGUGAUUCCCGGGGCCGAGUUGUUCGAGGAGGACUUGAUGUCUCUGCUUUCCCGCCGUUGA